UUACACUAUCGGAGAAUGAAAUAUCAGAAGUGGUCGACUUAUUCAUUUUGGACAAAGCCAAAGUUAUUCAAAAAAUGGUCCAGCACUUUGACUUGGUUAAUAGCUUACAAGAGAAUUUGGUAGGUGUACCAGAAAAGGUACCCCCUUUACCAGAAGGAGCUUUGCAUCCACCAGAACUUACUGAAGAAGAAAUUGAAGCCAAAACAAUUUAUGAAACUGCGACCUCUAUGCUUAACAGAACUAAGCCAGAUAGGCAACAGGCCUAUCAGCUCUUGAUGGAAGCAUCGAAUAAAGGCAGUGUAGCAGCAAAGGCACUAGUUGCUUGGGCAAAAUUAUUUGGCAAUCCUUUAAAGCAAGAUAUAUAUGUUGCCAGGGAUAUGUUUGUUGAGUUGGCCGAAUUGGGAAACGCUGAUGGCCAUACUGGUUUGGGAUUCCUGUAUGGUUCGGGAUUGGCAUUUAAUGUUAGUCAAGCAAAAGCUCUGAUUCAUUACACUUUCGGAGCAAUUGGUGGUAACUCUUGGUCUCAAAUGGCUCUAGCUUAUAGAUAUUGGUCUGGAAUAUCAAUUGCAAUCAGUUGUGAAAGAGCUCUAGAUUUCUACCGUAGGGUUGCUGAUAAAGUAAGUCAAGGUGUUUCUUUUGGAGGUGGUUCAGCAAUACAUAGAAUACGCCUUUUAGACGAACUUGAGAAUGGUUAUGCUUCAGGGAUUCUUGAUAAUGAUCUUAUUGAGUACUAUCAGUUACUAGCAGAUAAAGGAGAUGUUCAAGCUCAGGUAGGAUUGGGACAACUUCACUAUCAAGGUGGUCGAGGUGUGGAUUUAGAUUAUCAAAAGGCAUUGGAUUAUUUUACACAAGCUGCUAAUUCUGGUAACGCAAUGGCGAUGGCAUACCUUGGAAAGAUUUAUUUGGAUGGAAGUGAUGAAAUCCAAGCAAAUAAUGAUACUGCUUUCAAGUACUUUAAAAAAGCAUCAGAUUUGAAUAAUCCCGUUGGCUUGAGUGGUUUGGGGUUAAUGUAUCUUUAUGGUAAAGGAGUGGAGAAAGAUUAUUCGAAGGCUCAUCAAUACUUUAUGCAAGCUGCAGACCAAGGUUGGGUGGACGGACAGUUGCAACUUGGAAACAUGUACUUUAGUGGUUUGGGUGUGAAAAAAGAUUACAAAAUGGCAAACAAAUAUUUCAGCUUGGCUUCUCAAUCAGGACACGUAUUGGGCUACUAUAAUUUAGGACAAAUGCAUGCCCAAGGUACAGGAAUGUUGAGAUCAUGUCCGACUGCUGUAGGCCUUUUCAAAACUGUUGCUGAAAGAGGAAGAUGGGGAGAAAUUUUAAUGCAGGCUCAUUCUGAUUAUCAAAAUGGACGUUACGAUGAGUCAUUCGUUCAAUAUGCCCUCUUGUCAGAACUGGGAUUUGAAGUUGCACAAAGUAACGCAGCAUUUUUGUUAGACAGAGGUGAGGUACCUAUGUUUUCAACUCAUGAGUCUAUGGUAAGAGCACUGUUGUAUUGGGGCAGGGCAGCCAGUCAAGGAUAUUCACCAGCACAGGUGAAACUGGGGGACUACUACUAUUAUGGGUUAGGGACACCUGUAGAUUAUGAAACGGCAGCAACACAUUACAGAACAGCUUCCGAUCAGCAGCAUAAUGCUCAGGCCUUGUUUAACUUAGGAUAUAUGCACGAACAAGGUUUGGGAAUGGAGAGAGAUAUGCAUCUAGCAAAAAGGUGCUAUGACAGAGCUGCUGAAACCAGUAGUGAUGCCAAGGUACCUGUAUCAUUAGCUUUACUCAAACUGAAUAUCAUGUUCAGCCUGGGAACCCUUCAAGAGUUUUUGUUACAGAGCCCACUUCAUCAUCUAGUCUACAUUAACCAAUCCCUCGGAUCCAACUGGGAUUUAUAUUUGAUCACAACACUGACAGCAGUUUUAGCAGGAAUCGUUUACUUCAGGCGGCCACAGGUUGUUUAGUAGGCAUCAUUGGUGGUGAAACAUUUGUAAAUAUCAUUUUUUGUUUUUGUUACAACUAUAUAUUUCAAUAGAUAAUUUUAUUUAAAAUCAUCAA